GCCUCGAGUCUUUGUCUGCUGCAGAAUUCCUAUCCUGCGUCGCCGGACUGUGCAGACUGCGACGACACUCGCCGCCCACCAUUUGUUCCACCACCGCCACCUUUUAGCGAGGAACGCUUCCUCGCUCGCCCGCAACUGGGUUCCAGACUACAGUUGCGACUAGAACCGUUCAGCAACACCCCCCCGCACAGGGACCAGCGCGCAUCUUUCUUCACAAUUUCUAGCGUCGAGCGCAUUCCUCCUGCGCCUUCUCUCUCCGCUCUUUCCUUCUGACCGUCCCGGUGCUGCCGAGACGAAAUAGAGCAAGCACCCAUCAUGGACCAGCUUGGCAGCGACAUGGUCAUCGACCAGGAGUUCGACGAGAAGCAUGAUGUGGCCAUAAUCACCCCCGAGCCCGACGAGCAGAUGGACGAAGUCGACGGCGAGCCGGAGCCCCGCGCCGACGAAUAUGAGCCUUUUAUGAAGAAGCACCUGCCCGAGCUGGUCGACCAGGAGACUGAGGCAGAGGCACACCACACAUGGGACAUCCGAACAUGGCGGACCAUGACAAAGCGAGAGCAGGGCCCAGUCUUCGAAUGUGGCGGGCAUCCGUGGAGGGUACUGUUCUUUCCGUAUGGUAACAACGUCGACUUUGCCUCCUUCUACCUAGAGCAAGCCUAUGGCGACCAAAUCCCCGACGACUGGUAUGCCUGCGUGCAGUUCAUGCUGGUGCUCUGGAAUCCAAAGGACCCCAGCAUGUACAUAACGCAUACCGCCAACCACCGUUUCACAGCCGAGGAAGGCGACUGGGGCUUCACCAGGUUCGCAGAGCUCCGAAAGCUUUUUGCAAAUUCCUGGGAAGGCCGUGGGCGACCCAUGGUAGAGGAAGAUUCCGCCAACGUCACAGCCUAUAUCCGAGUUCUGAAAGACCCAACAGGCGUCUUAUGGCACAACUUUGUAAAUUAUGACUCGAAGAAGGAGACGGGUAUGGUCGGCCUGAAGAACCAAGGCGCAACAUGUUACCUAAACUCGCUGCUACAGUCUUUGUACUUUACCAACGCUUUCCGCCAGGCCGUAUACCAGAUUCCUACCACCGAGGACCCAGACCAACUGAACAGCGCGUUCUCAUUACAACGACUAUUCUACAUGCUCCAGACCGUCCCGAACCCCGUUUCCACGACAGAUCUGACGCAUUCUUUCGGAUGGUCGUCCAAGGAGAUUUUCGAGCAGCAGGAUGUGCAAGAGCUGUCGCGUGUGCUCAUGGACAAGCUGGACGAAAAGAUGAAGGGUACCGAGGCUGAGGGUGCGCUAACAAACAUGUUUGUUGGAAAGAUGAAAACAUACAUUUCUUGCAUGAACGUCGAUUACGAGUCCUCCAGGGUAGAGGAUUUCUGGGAUAUCCAGCUCAACGUCCGCGGGAACGAGAACCUCGACGAGAGUUUCAAGGACUACGUACAAGUUGAAACGAUGGACGGCGAGAACAAAUAUUUUGCGGAAGGUUUUGGUCUCCAGGAUGCUAAGAAGGGUGUCAUCUUUGAGAGCUUUCCCCCGGUCCUUCACCUGCAGCUCAAACGUUUCGAAUACGACUUCCAACGCGAUGCCAUGAUGAAGGUCAACGAUCGAUACGAGUUUCCUGAGGUGUUCGACGCUUCGCCAUACCUAUCUGAUGCGGCCGAUCGCUCUGAGCCUUGGACGUACCACCUGCACGGCGUAUUAGUGCACAGUGGUGACUUGAACGCAGGUCAUUACUAUGCUUUUCUUAAGCCUACCAGGGACGGGCACUACUACAAGUUUGACGACGAUCGAGUGACACGCGCAACGUUGCGCGAAGCUCUGGAGGAGAACUUUGGCGGUGACUACACCCAAGCUAACGGAAAUAACGCUCAGCGAAAUCCAUACACGCGAACCUGGUCUUCGAAGCGCUCGAUGAGUGCUUACAUGCUGGUGUACAUUAGAGAAAGCCGACUUGAUCAAGUUCUCAUGACCGAUAAGACUGUGGAUCCACCCAAACAUCUGGCUGAGCGCGUCGCCGAGGAACGGGCUGCCUUCGAACGCCGUAAGAAAGAACGCGAAGAAGCACACUUGUAUAUGGACGUUGCGGUUGCGUCGGAAAACAACUUCAGGCUCUAUCAAGGAUUCGACAUUGUUCCCUGGAAAGGCGACUCAGAAGGCGAGGGCAAUCCCAAGGUGUACAAGGUGCUACGCGCAGUGACUAUGGCCGAGUUUGCCAAAACCAUUGGCGAGGACAUUGGGGUCGAUGCGGAUAUGCUGCGACCAUGGUCCAUGGUCAAUCGUCAAAAUGGCACCGUUCGUCCCGAUACUGUACUAGAUUUCCCCGACAUGUCCAUGGAAGAGGCUGCUAGCAAACAUAGUACGAAGCAAGCACAGUUCAGACUAUGGAUAGAGAAGGCCGAGAAACGCGAUGAGAACGGGGCACCAAUCUUCGGGGACAGGCUUGUCGACUUGAAAAACGUGCAAGGCAAUCGACCAAUAAUGAUCUUCUUGAAGCAUUUCGACGCAAAGGAACAAAGCCUAUUUGGUAUCAGUACCUUCUAUGCUGCGAUCCAAGACAAGGUCUCUGAUCUGGGCCCUAUCAUCACGAAGAUCAUGGGUUGGCCUGCUGGAACGCAAGUUAAACUCUCGGAGGAAAUCAAGCAAAGCAUGAUCGAAGCUAUGAAACCCAAAUCCACCUUGGCUGCAUCAGAACUACAGGAUGGCGAUAUCAUCACAGUUCAACGGGUACCGACUGACAAGGAAGUGGAAUCACUGAAGGCGACUGGAGGUUACGUUGAAGCCAAGGAGUUCUACGACUACCUGCUGAACAGGAUUAACGUCGAAUUCGUGCCAAAACUAGCUGAUGCGACAGAAUUGCCCACGUUCGCUUUGACGCUGAGUAAGAAGAUGGCUUACGACCAGUUCGCUACGAAGGUGGCCGAGUACCUCAAGGUCGAUCCCACACAUAUUCGAUUCAGCACGGUCAACUCCGCUGGGAAGCCGAAACAAGCCAUCAAGUACAACGCUAACUCGACACUCAACAACAUUUUGAUCCCCGGUCCGUACAACUACUCGAACAGCGCGGCACAGCGGCCAGAUGCUCUAUUCUACGAAGUGUUGGAAAUGAGUCUGAAGGAGCUAGAGCAGAGGAAGCCAGUCAAGAUCACCUGGCUGCCGGACGGUCUCAGUAAAGAGGAGGAACACACACUGAUGGUACCGAAGAACGCACAGGUGUCAGAUCUUCUUGCCGCUCUACAGAAGAAGGCCAACAUCAGCGACGAGGCAAUGGCCAAGGUUCAUGCGUAUGAGGCGCAUUCCCACAAGUUCCACAAAGUGUUACCUCUAGACCAGGCGAUACUCAACCUCUACGACUACGCACAGAUCUACGCUGCGCCUCUUCCGGAAGAUGAUUCGCCGAGAAACAUGACGGUGUUCCACUUUGACAAGGAUCCUGCAAAAGCUCACGGCAUUCCGUUCAUGUUCUCUUUGAAAGAGAACGAGCCGUUUUCUGAAACCAAGAAACGCAUAUCGGAAUUCACGAAGAUCAAGGGCAAGCAGCUUGACAAGGUCAAGUUUGUUCUCCUCAGCAAACCCCAGUACUCAAGACCGGAAACCAUCGACGAUGAAGAUAUCCUGUGGGACAUAAUAGGCUCACGCGACGACAUCGCCCUCGGUCUCGAUCAUCCGAACAAGAGCCGAAAUUUCUGGGGCAAGACUGAUUCCAUCUUCAUCCGCUGAGGAACGAGUGCCGCAUUGUAGGAUAUGGACUAGGAAGGUGAUUCAUUGUUGAUUUGAUGUGUCAUGCUACAUAUUAUGCGUCAAGCAGUUGGUGCUUCGCUAUGUUGGUAGGAGAGUAAGUUUUGUACUUGCUCUCUCGCAUACACAAGGCGCAACGGAGCAGGUACUAAAGAGGCACGGGUGGAAUAUGAGUUGUAUGCUCUCGUAUGCAUAGCGCGGGAGUCGGGUAGACACGAGGG